CGGCGAGGAUAAAGCAAGAUGGCGUCUGACGGUGAAGACGUUAUUGCAGUCGUCACAGUUCAAUGUUCUUAAUCUGUGCCUCCAUGGACACAUAUAUGUCCUUUAUUACACUCUAGUAAAUAGAGUAAACAUCGUUAAUAACUGUUUGCAUCCGGUUAUAUUAGUCUGAGCGCACUUUGAUGCUUCUCGAGCUAGCUUAGCCUGAUAGUCAGCUUAGCUUGUUAGCUGCUAACAAAGAGAGGCGGAAGUGAUCAAAACACAUCACUAAGUAGAGAUCAAGUGUGAGUGUAAAGUGUUGAUUGUGUGAAAAUGUGCCAAAGAACCACAGCAGAGUACGAGGAGGAACUUUGUCCAACAAAAGAGGAGAAGGAGCGACAACAUGAAAAACAUCAAGUUGUGUUGCACAGAACAGACAUCCAUCAGCUGAUUGGACACCAAGAAGAAUGUCUCCCUCAUCUGCAGGGGGACAGUUUCACUUUAGAGUAUCCACAGCUCUCAAAUUUUAAAGGGGACAAGGAGGUUCCACAGCCCCCCUAUUUCAAAGAGGAAGAGGGGGGAGAGUGUCCUGUAGGGCAGGAGGAGGCUGAUGUCAGCAAGUUUCCACUGACUGUUGUUUCUGUGAAGACUGAAGAGCAUGAAGACAAACCACCUGAGUCCUCACAGCUUCAUCACAGUCCAAACAUCUGUGAAGAACAUCUUCACCCUGAGCAACAGAAGUGGAGCUUCAGGAUGCAGACGGAGGAGCCACAGCACAACCUCAUUAAGAAGGAAGAGGAAUACCCACUGAUCCCCCAUUUUAAAAAUGAAGAGGAACACCCACUAAUCCCCCAUUUUAAAGAGGAAGAGGAGGACCCACUGACACCCCAUUUUAAAAAGGAAGCAGUGGAUCCACAGACCCCUCACAUUAAGGCGGAGGAGGAAUACCCACUGAUCCCCCAUUUUAAAAAUGAAGAGGAACACCAAUGGCUACCCUUUUUUAAAGAGGAGAUGGAGGAACCACUGACACCACAUUUUAAAAAGGAAGCGGUGGAUCCACUGAGCCCUCACAUUAAGGCGGAAGAGGAGGACCCACUGACCCCUCACAUUAAAGAGGAAGAGGAGGAACACAGCACCAGUCAGCAGGGAGAGCAUCUUGAAGGACUGGAGGAGGUUGAUGUCACCAAGAUGCCAGUGACUGGUGUCCCUGUGAAGAGUGAAGGCGAUGAGGUGAAAGGUGAAAGUGAGGAGAGGGGAGGGGGGGAGCCUCCAAGCAGCAGCUCAACACAACACAUGACAACAGAAGCUGAUGGAGACCACUGUGGAGGAUCACAAGCAGACAAGCUCUUAGCUCCACUAUCAGAUAGUGAGGACACAACGUCACACUCUCCUGACACUGAUGAUGAAGACUCUAAAGAUGAUAAGACAUGUCACACUGACAACACUCACUUCACAUCUUCUCACUCUCACAAAACUUUUAAAUACCCAAGUCUUCUGAAAGAACACAUGAGAAGACACACUGGAGAAAGACAUUUUUUGUGUUCGAUCUGCGGUAAAGAUUUUACUCAAAGAUACAUUUUGAAAAUACACAUGAGAAUACACACUGGAGAAAAACCUUUUUCCUGCUCAGAAUGUGGUAAAAGUUUUGGAAAAAAUCAAAGUUUAAAAGUACACAUGAGAACACACACAGGAGAAAAACCGUUUUCCUGCUCAGAAUGUGGUAAAAGUUUUGUAAGAAAUGAACGUUUAAAUGUACACAUGAGAUCACACACUGGAGAAAAACCUUUUUCAUGUUCAAUCUGCGGUAAAGAAUUUACUCGAAGGGACCAUUUCAAAAAACACAUGAGAAUACACACUGGAGAACAACCUUUUUCAUGUUCAAUAUGCGGUAAAUAUUUUGCUCGAAAGAACUACUUGAAAAUACACAUGAGUACACACACUGGUGAAAAACCUUAUACUUGUUCAGUAUGUUGUAGAAGUUUUAUACAAAGUAUGCAUUUGAAAAUACACAUG